CUUCCUCACUGUCUCUCACUCCCUUGGAGGGUUCCCACGAGAAACCCUAACACCAAUUUAUCGGCGUUAAUAUCGGAUGGCGCUGCUCGCUGCCUUCUUCCUCCUCCUGCUUGCCUCCGCCGACGCCCGGAUCCCCGGCGUCUACACCGGCGGGGAGUGGGAGAGCGCCCACGCUACCUUCUACGGUGGCAGCGACGCCUCCGGCACAAUGGGUGGCGCCUGCGGUUACGGAAAUCUGUACAGCCAGGGCUACGGCGUGGAGACGGCGGCGCUGAGCACGGCGCUCUUCAACAACGGGCUGAGCUGCGGGUCCUGUUUCGAGAUCAAGUGCGCCGACGACCCCAAGUGGUGCCACUCCGGCAGCCCGUCCAUCUUCAUCACGGCCACCAACUUCUGCCCGCCGAACUACGCCCUGCCGAGCGACAAUGGCGGGUGGUGCAACCCUCCCCGCCCUCACUUCGACCUCUCCAUGCCUAUGUUCCUCAAGAUCGCUGAGUACCGCGCCGGCAUUGUUCCGGUCGCAUUCCGAAGGGUACCUUGCCGGAAGAUGGGUGGAAUCAGGUUCACCAUCAAUGGCUUCCGCUACUUCAACCUGGUGCUGAUAACGAACGUUGCCGGUGCCGGCGACAUCGUGAGGGCGUACGUGAAAGGGUCCAACACAGGGUGGAUGCCCAUGAGCAGGAACUGGGGCCAGAACUGGCAGUCCAACGCCGUCCUCGUGGGACAGUCCCUCUCCUUCCGAGUCACCGGCAGCGACCGGAGGACCUCUACCUCUUGGAACAUCGCCCCGUCCGAUUGGCAGUUCGGCCAGACCUUCGUCGGCAAGAACUUCAGGGUCUGAGAGCAAAGAGCUCUCAACCACCCCCUUCUCUUCUCCAGAGAAAAGAAAGAGAUUCUAAGCACCAGAGAAAAGUGAGGGGCCGGGUGUGAAGAAAAGAUUUGUUCGUCGUUUUUUUCAUAUGGGUCAUUAUAUUACAUAUGGUAGUGUAGUAGACAAGGUAAAAAAGUAUAGUUAGGAGAAAGGAUUGGUUUUUUGGGAGAGGGGGAGAGUUUAGGAGAGGGGGAGGAGGGUUUGACUGGAAAGUGUUUGUGAUAUUGUCGAGGCGGCUGAAGCGGCUGCGAAAUCGCGCGGCCCGCAGCCUUCAGCGGCGGAGUUCCUUUGUUUUUUUUAUCUAAAGGGGAUGUGAAAGUGUAAGGGAUGUGUGUGUCACCUGAUAUAUGGUUACGCUUCAUGUUGAUCAUAGUGUAUGAAGUGUAUAAGAUGAUUAAUCAAAUGGUUGGUUGGUGUGUUCAGAACUUCA